AUGGAUCCCAAGGAUUCCAUAAGUCCAUCAGAUCGCCAGGGUGGCGAGGACACCACCCAAAAGCCUGCCCAAGACGAGUCGGAUACCAAGAAUGCUAAGGACACAACCGCGACAAAUCUCGAUGUAGCUUCUUCUGAGACGGCAAAGCAAACCAACAAUGACGAUUCCAGCUCAAAAAAAAAGCGUCCCCAAAAGAAACCCAAGAACAGAACGACCAAAGCAUCUUCUGAGCAGGAGGAUGUGGAUGGUUCUGGCAAUUCGAAUGAAGGCGCUUCGUCGGAUUCAGAUGACGAUGACAAGCCAUCUAGGACUGCAGGAUCACUCAAGAAGCGAGUCGGUAUGAAGAACAAGGACAAAAAGAAGACGAAGCGUGUAAGCAAAACAAGUUCGACCAAGGGCAAAAAAUCUAUCAAGCAAAAGAAGAACAAGAACAAGAUUCCUGACACUUCUUCCGACUCUGAUUCGGGGACUGCCUCGAAUGACGAUGACUCGGAUUCAUCUGACUCGGAUUCUUCUUCAGACGAUGAUACGAAAUCUAAAGACGACAAGAAGUCAUCGAAACGUGAUCUAAAAAGCCAGUUCAAGGCACUGGAGCUCCAAUUUGCCCAACUCCAGCAUCAGCUGGCCAGUUCAGCUAAUUAUGCUUCCUAUGGCGCACCGAUGCACCCGUAUUCAUUGCAGCCCACUUCCUAUCCGGUCCCUUCCCAAAGUGCAGCCGCAAUGGAUCAGGCAUCCGCAGCACUUGGCCUGGGUAGACGCCGUCCGGCUCGAGGACUUCCGAUCCCCACAGAACUCCAGAAUAACGACUCGGAGGACGACGAUGAUUCUGACAGUUCGGAAGGUACCAAGAAGAAAAAGAAGAAGGGCAAAGACAAAAAGAUCAAGAAUCCGGCUUUCAAGCGGGUCGAUCAGGUGUGGGACAGCAACAUUCACAAUUACAAGCUGCAGGACACAGCCGACGCAGAUACCGAUUCCCAGUACGAAGAUUUCAUCUUUCAUGUCCGCCGAACCUUUGACUGGGAGGGCAAGUAUAGAACGACCCUUGUCGAUAUUAAGAGCAAACUCCUUCGCGAGUGCUUGCAAGAUGUGAUCGGUAACGUCGAAGGUAUCAGUCUGGUGGAUGAGGUCCCCAAGAUUAACCCCAAUCUCCUGUUCCUGUACUUAGAAGACAUGCGCAGCCAUCUCAAGGCGUUACGGAAAGCUAAGCCUGCUGGCGAGACUAAGAAGGCUCGAAAGAAGAACAAAGGACGACUCAAGGACAAGAGGAAACACUUGAGAGUAAUGAUCAAGUACCUCGAUCAUGACUUCGAAUCUACGAAGGAAAGCCUCUACCCCAUGCUUGAGAGCGGUCUCAUCACGUUCGACUUGCUUUGGGCAUUGUGGAAGCCCAACACACUGGCCUAUACGACGACUUACGGAACCACCCAGGAGCCACGAGUCUUCAAGGUCGAGAUGGCACAGCUCCAUCGCAGCAUCAUCAAGGGAGAGUUCUACUACGUCGACGGAAAGUACUUCGAGUUUGAUGGCAAAAGAUUCGGCUACGGCAGCACGUCAGUGGAACUAGAAGAAUUCCAGGGAGCCAAGAAGAUCACCAGCCUCUCAUGUUACCCGCUACAGUAUCAUCAGAACGAGGAUAAGCUCCGUCGUGACUUGAUCGAGCGAGGUAAAAAGUUCGUGUCACUUGGUGGCGUCCACUACAAGAGCUACCAGGGCAUUGCUUUCAUGAAGCGAAAGAAGGGCCAAGUACUGAAGUUUAACAUCCAACCUAGUCGUGUUAUGAUUGAUCCAACUAUCUUCCGAAGGAUCAACCCUAACUACAGCGUCUCAACUGUCAAGCCUAAGGAUCCUGACAUUCUUUCCGAUAGUGAGGAUUCUGACUCGGACUCGGACAACUGCUGUGGCUGCUCGGAUUCCGAUGGAGAAAAGGUCAAGUUUGUCACCAAGGUAUACAAGAACUCUGACGGAGAGGUACGGAUGGUUCGAUUCCCGAAAAGCGAAAUUGAGGACGAACCAGAGGAAGCCGAACUUGAUAAGCUUCCAUCUAAGAACGGCGGCGAAGAGGAGAGCGAGACUAAUAGCAAAAAGGACGACGAAAGCGACGUUCUCGAGUUCACUGACGAGGAAUAUCUUAUUGCCUCGCCAGUAGUGCUUGGGUUUGCCUUUUCGGAAAAGCAAUGGCUUGAGCUCGCUGUCUCUGGGGUUAAUGAAAUCAAGUGGAACGAGAAGGCCUGGGAUUCUUUGGUUCUUGAGGAUGGCACCAAGGAUUUGAUCAAAGCUCUGGUCAAGUCUCGCAAGUACCAUGCAGCGAACACGAUUGAUGAUGUGAUCCAAGGCAAAGGAAAAGGCCUUGUCACUGUUUUGCAUGGACCUCCUGGGACGGGCAAGACACUCACUGCUGAGGGCAUCGCGGAGCUACUUCAGUGCCCGCUGUAUAUGGCCUCAGCUGGAGAACUUGGAACAGACUCGCGGUUUCUCGAGGCGGAGUUGCAGAAGAUACUGGACAUCUGUCACGCAUGGGGCGCGAUUCUCCUUUUGGACGAGGCAGAUGUAUUCCUUGAGAAGCGUAAUAUGCAUGAUAUCCAUCGCAAUGCCCUUGUGAGCAUCUUCCUCCGGCAACUGGAAUACUUCCAGGGAAUCCUGUUCCUUACGACCAACCGGGUAGAGACAUUCGACGAAGCGUUCCAGUCUCGAAUUCACAUCGCAUUGCGGUACGACAACCUUGACUCCAAGGCGAAGCGGACCAUCUUCAUGAUGUUCUUGGACCGCGUUCAAAAGUUGGGCAAACUCAAGGUGGAACCGCUGACAGAGGAUGAUUUGAACGCGCUCUCGAAGCAGGAUCUCAACGGACGGGAAAUCAAGAACGUGGUAGGCUCGGCUCAGGACCUUGCCGUUAACAAGGGCGAGGCUCUCAGUAUACGACACAUCAAACAAGUUCUUGACGUUCACGCCAAGUUUGGACAGGACUUGAAGGGUGGUACUGGCUACGAAGAUGCUAUGAGAAGCUACUUCUGA